GAAUCCCACCCUCGCUGUGGAGCAAGGAGGAUGUGAUCCACUGGCUGAGAUGGGCCGAGAAAGAAUAUUCCCUUCGGCGAACGGACGAGAGCAAGUUUGAGAUGAACGGGAAAGCCCUGUGCAUUCUCACCAAGGACGACUUCAGAUACAGAGCUCCCAGCUCAGGCGACGUCUUAUACGAACUCCUCCAGUACAUCAAAACCCAGAGGAGAGCUCAGGUCUGCUCGAGCCGGGACGCGCCGGCGUCCCCGGGCGUCCCCCGCGGCGCCGAGGAGCCGCUCAACCUCUCGCACCCCGGCGCAGACGGCGGCUGCAGGACGGACGCCCUCUGCUCGCUUCCCACCUCCCCAGCAGCUCCGGCGGACGGGAAGAUCGCAGACUGCAGGUUACUGUGGGACUACGUUUACCAGCUCCUCUCCGACAGCCGCUACGAGCCCUACAUCAGGUGGGAAGACAAGGAAGCCAAAGUCUUCCGGAUCCUCAAUCCCAAUGGACUUGCCCAGCUCUGGGGAAACCACAAGAAUCGUGUAAACAUGACAUAUGAAAAGAUGUCACGAGCCCUCAGACAUUACUACAAACUCAACAUCAUCAAAAAGGAGCCGGGGCAGAAGCUGUUGUUCAGAUUUCUGAAGACUCCUGGGGAAAUCAUCCACGAGAAACCCAGCAAGCUGGAGCAGCUGGAGAAUGAGGAGCAGGAGGAUUUCCAGGAAGACCCACUGGAAGUCUCACCGUAG